AUGGAGAAACCGAAUUUGAAUCUAGGGUUAUGGAGAACACAAUCAGAUCAGCUCGCAGAGAUAAAAUCCCAGAUGCCAAUAAGUGAAGCUUCCCCGGCGGAGGGUGGUGGCACACAUUCAAGAAAGUCUAGCAGACAAAUGGUGGUUGCAUCGCCUGGCCGGAGUGGUGGCAGUAGCGGCAAAAACACACACAUCAGAAAGACGAGAAGCGCCCAGAUGAAAUUCGAACUCGAUGACGUUGGUAGUGGCGCUGCCUUAAGUCGAGCUUCGAGUGCUAGUUUAGGGUUUUCUUUCUCGUUCACCGGAUUCACCAUGCCUCCCGAUGAGGUCGCGGAUUCAAGACCUUUCAGCGAUGAUGAUAUACCGGAAGACAUAGAAGCUGGGACGCGUAAGAAGUUCCAAACCGAACCCACCUUGCCAAUAUAUCUAAAGUUUACAGAAGUGACAUACAAGAUAAUCAUUAAAGGAAUGACGACAUCUACAGAAGAGAAGGAUAUUCUGAAUGGAAUCAGUGGUGCAGUGAAUCCAGGAGAAGUUUUGGCCUUAAUGGGACCUUCCGGAAGCGGAAAGACUACGCUCCUGAGUUUGCUCGGAGGCCGGUUGACGGUUCCUUCGGCAGGGGGAUCGAUCACAUAUAAUGACCAACCACACUCCAAGUUUCUAAAGAGCAGGAUUGGGUUUGUGACUCAAGAUGAUGUGUUGUUUCCUCAUCUAACGGUGAAGGAAACGUUAACGUACGCAGCUCUUCUACGACUGCCAAAGACGUUAACGAAACAAGAGAAAGAAAAACGAGCAGCAGAUGUCAUCCGCGAACUUGGAUUAGAGAGGUGUCAAGAUACAAUGAUCGGCGGCUCCUUUGUUCGGGGAGUUUCGGGUGGCGAAAGGAAGCGUGUGUGCAUUGGAAACGAAAUAAUAAUCAAUCCUUCCGUCUUGUUCCUCGAUGAACCCACCUCCGGCUUGGAUUCAACAACUGCUCUCAGGAUCAUCGAACUGUUACAAGACAUAGCCGAGACGGAGAAGACGGUGGUUACCACGAUUCACCAGCCAUCGAGCAGACUUUUCCACAAGUUCGACAAAUUGAUCCUACUCGGGAAAGGAAGCUUGCUUUAUUUCGGAAAAGCAUCGGAAGCUAUGGUAUAUUUUUCAUCCAUCGGAUGUUCUCCCAUGAUCGCCAUGAACCCAGCCGAAUUCUUACUCGAUCUUGCAAACGGAAACAUGAAUGAAGUCUCCGUUCCUUCGGAAUUGGCGGACCGGGUACAACUCGGAAAUUCUCAAAGAGAAACAAAAAAUGGGAAACCUACACCAGCAGUUGUACAUGAUUAUUUAGUGGAGGCCUACGAGACAAGAGUAGCUGAAGAAACAAAGAAGGAGCUGAUGAUCCCAACGCCCCUCGAUGAAGAAAUCAAAUCGAGUGUGCAAACGAUGAAACGAGAAUGGGGCGCGAGUUGGAGAGAGCAAUAUUCGAUAUUGUUCUGGAGAGGGCUUAAAGAACGGCAACACGAUUAUUUCAGCUGGUUGAGAAUCACACAAGUUCUUGUAACCGCAGUUAUUUUGGGACUUCUCUGGUGGCAAUCAAGUGUUCAUAACCCCAAAGAACUUGACGAUCAAGCAGGAUUGCUGUUUUUCAUUGCUGUGUUUUGGGCUUUUUUUCCGGUUUUUACAGCCAUCUUCACAUUUCCUCAAGAACGAGCGAUGUUGAACAAGGAAAGAGCUGCGGACAUGUAUCGAUUGAGUGCUUAUUUUAUGGCAAGGACUACGAGCGACCUUCCCCUCGAUCUGUUUCUUCCAAUGCUCUUCCUAGUUGUUGUUUAUUUCAUGGCAGGCCUCCGACAAACCGUUGACUCGUUUUUCCUAACCAUGGUCAUCGUCUUCCUCUGCAUCGUAGCGGCUCAGGGACUUGGACUCGCCAUUGGUGCUACGCUAACGGACUUGAAAAGAGCAACAACUUUGGCUUCUGUAACCGUAAUGGCCUUCAUGUUGGCCGGUGGGUAUUUCGUGAAGGAUGUUCCAAUAUUCAUAUCGUGGUUACGUUACUUGUCGUUCAACUAUCAUACAUAUCGACUUCUUCUGAAAGUUCAGUAUGAAACAAUAAGUCCCGUGAUCGAUGGAAUAAGACUAGAUAGCGGUUUAAAGGAAGCUACAGCAUUGGCGAUCAUGGUUUUCGGCUACCGUCUCCUGGCGUACAUAUCGUUGCGGCGAAUGAAAGUUGGCUAAAUUAAUACCAUGAACUAAAACCACAUAUUUUGACUUGAUACCAAAGCAAAAAAGGGAAGAAGAAGAAGAACUCUGAGAGCCUCUGCUAUCAAGUUGUGAAACCACAAUGUAGCAGAAUGAAUGCAUUGUAACAUGAAAAGGAGAAGUUUACUUGCUAUUUUUAGGCCAUUGAGGGUUGUAACAAAACAAAAUCAAUGAAUUGAUGUUUAUCUCGUCGUGUUAAAAA